GAUGUUUUUACGUCAUCGCGCAGGCGUGGCCUGAAGCCAAAAGUUUAAUUUAGAUUUACGUAGUCAGCAAAAAAAACCAAAACUUAAAAUCGACACUGGGUGUAAACAGGAAUGAUUAGUUUACAGGGAUGUUUUUUGUCAGUAUGACUCCUAACUCUCGUGCCGGUGUGAUUGUGACGGUGCUGUUGUUUGGUGUGAGCGCGCUCGCGGAAGGUGAAGAGAAGUUCCGCGUUGAGGGCCGCGCGCUCGUGCACGGUGUGAGAGCAGAGGAGUGGACUCCGGUGGCGCGCGUGCUGCUGGAUGGCGAGGAGCAUGUUGGCUUCAUCAGACUCGAUGGAAGUUUCUCAGUAAAUGAUGUGCCGUCCGGAUCUUAUGUGCUGCACGUUGUGUCCCCGGUGUUCAGGUUCGAGCCUGUCAGGGUUGACAUUACUGCAACAGGCAAAAUGCGUGCCAGAAGAGUCAAUUACAUCAAGACAUUUGAGGUAAUGCAGUUGCCUUACCCUGUUCAGAUGAGAUGUACAGGACAGCAUUCGUACUUUACUAAACGAGACACGUGGGGUUGGUCCGAUUUCUUCAUGAACCCUGUGGUUCUCAUGAUGGUGCUUCCCCUUUUGAUCAUUCUUCUUCUCCCAAAGCUCAUCAACAUGAAUGACCCAGGGAUGAGAAGGGAAAUGGAGCAGUCAAUGAAUAUGCUCAAUCCCAGCCCUGACCUUCCAGAUGUGUCCGAGCUCAUGACCAAGUUCUUUGCCCCACCGAAAAACCAAGGUAAAUCAGGAACUCACAAGGGACACAGAGGCACCGGUCCACGCAGGAGAUAGCACAUGUGUGAGCAAGACAAUAUAUUAUCCGUACCUUUGUUUCAUACUGAUUUUCCCAUUUCAGUCCUUUGCAAAAUUAGUAUCGCCAUACGUGUGCCACAAGCUUUGACAUAUGAGAAAUGUAUUUGAUGCUAUUACCACUGAAAGCAUUUUAGUUCAGUGUGUAUUUAUUAAUUGGGUUUUUGAAUACCUUCUCGAGAUUCAUUUCUGUUUUUAUUGUGCCAAUAUUUAUUGAGUGUGUAUUUUUUAUUAAUUUGGAGAAAACAAGUCAAAAAUAUAUCUUUAAGUCAAAGUUUAUUAAUGUUAUAUAUUUUAAGUAAGGAUACUAUUCUAUUCACAGAAAGUCAGGGCAAUAUUUUCAACUACUAACUUAUUUCAUUUAUCGUACUUAUUUUGUCUGUGUGCUAUUCAGGGCAGGAAUUUCAGGAGGGCCAUGGCCCUCGUGCCCUCUCAAUUUGGCCUUGUGCCCUUGGAAAAAAAUAAUAUCUGCCGUAAGGCCACAGUGGCCUUGAUGCCCUGCGGUUUUGUAGUCUGCCUCGUGACUGCCAAUAGGCUUUAACAUCACCUGCGUCUAUUGAGAAAAAAAUACGUCUUUUGAUGACAUUCUGGAUUCUUAUUGGGCAACUCAUCAGUGGUGGAUUGGACUCGAGCCUGGCAUGAACCGCUCCGACGUGCUAUAAUGACACCAAUCUAUCACCAGCCAACCAGGAGACUUAAUCAAACGCAUCCCCCGCCCACUUGUGUCCGCGUCUGAGACGUUGAAUUUUCACAGAAGGAGGGAAGAAGUUGACUGAGGUAAGAUUGUGUGAUAAAUUAACGAACGAAUAAGAUAGGAAUUUCAACAUAUAGGGCUUAAGUUUGUUACCGUUAAAUAAGCAUUGCUUGUACAGUAACGUUAUGUCGUUACAACGUUGACCCACUUUUAACGUGCCGAGUACCGACUGUAGCCGGUAACAAAUGCUAAUUAGCUUGCUGUCAAAAGUGCAAAGACCUUAAAUUGCUCUGUGUAAAUUAGAAAAUGGUGCAACUUCCUCUGUAGCCGUCAGCGGACGAGCACAGACUUGUCUUGAGUUUUGAGCCAAUCACAACAGGGCAGCACUGUGGCCUGAGGUAAAACAUGAUAGUUUGUUUAAAUUACAAAAAUGAGUACACCCAAUGACUGUCUCAUAUACUCUUCAUAUACUCAUACUGUUUGAGUAACGCAAUAAAACUAAUCUUUAAAAGUGGUAUUUACUCAAACUGUUUGCAUAGAAUGAACUUUCGGGUUAACAGUGUAAUAGUGUUGCAGUGUUCUGCAAAUUUGCAAUUUAAUAUUUCAGAUCUUGAGACAUGAAAGUGCCAUUUUAAAAAAUAAAAGGUCAGAAAUGUUUUCUUUGUCAUCUAUUAAAUUCAUUAUAGACGUGAACUUAAAAUCAUUGUUUUAUUUUAUGGCCUUGGUGCCCUGGCUUUUGGCCUUUGUGCCCUCAAAAAAUUGACAGCACAAAAGGCCAAGUGGCCUUGCCCCUAAAAUGAUGAAAUUCCAGGCCUGCACUGUACCCAACAGAAAAUGAGCAUGCAAUAUUGUUACAAUAUUGCACGUUGUCAAGAAAACACAUCAUACAUCGGCGACAUAAAACUUCCAUGUUAGCGAGCGCCUGUGACAAUUUCUAAACAAACAUGGCUGCCAGGUUUGCUUCGUUAAAAACAAGAUUUUGAGAGAAUUUUGGCUGCCAGGUCACUCUGUUGUGUGUAGUUGUCAAUGUUGAUUUUAAAAGUAAUUAAGCAAAUUACACAGGGAAGAUGAUAAUAAUAAUAAUCAGCUUGACUCUGCUAGCAAUGGCCUUCGCUAACAGUACACCAGCUGGAAAGUAACUGGACUGCCGUGCUAACAGCACCGAGGCGCGGGUAAACUAAUGUUGGCCUUUGCUAACGCUACACCAGCUGGAAGGUAACUGGACUGCCGUGCUAACAGCACCGAGUCGUGGGUAAGCUAGCAUUGGCCUUCAAGAAUACUGAUAUGAAGAGUGUGUGUAUGUAUAAUAAUAAUAAUGGCUUUUUUCAUGGUCUAUCAGAUAUAUUCCAUUCAGCUAGCAUGGUACUGAACUCAUCUUCAACAUCUCUUCUCAUCCCAUUAUCUCUCGCCGCUUUAUCCUGUUCUACAGGGUCACAGGCAAACUGGAGCCUAUCCCAGCUGACUACGGGGUACACCCUGGACAAGUCGCCAGGUCAUCACAGGGCCGACACAUAGACACAGACAACCAUUCACACCUACGGUCAAUUUAGAGUCACCAGUUAACCUAACCUGCAUGUCUUUGGACUGUGGGGGAAACCGAAGCACACCCACGCAGACACGGGGAGAACAUGCAAACUCCAUACAGAAAGGCCCUCGCCGGCCACGGAGCUCGAACCCGGACCUUCUUGGUGUGAGGCGACAGCGCUAACCACUACGCCACCGUGCCGCCCUUGUUCAAUAUCAUGCUAGCUGAAUGGAAUAUAUCUGAUAGACCACAAAAAAAGCCAGCCAAUAUUAUUUAAUUAUGUCAUUUUGUAUCAGGCUUUGUGAAAAAUGACCACUAGAUAUGAGAAAGUGGGGAGUUCAACAACUAUUUUAAUUUACUUUUGUGUAUGGAGGUAAUUUUCCCCUUUUAAAAGGUAGUUAUUUCCAAUAUUGUGGUUAUUUUGUUGUUUUGCCUUGUACAACUAUUACUUUAUGAGCAACCUAUAUAAUUACUCAACUAAAAUUUUCAUUAGUUUGAUAAGGCAGAAUGUCUAUCAAAUGUCAUCAGGAAUUGUCUAUACUGAAGACUAAUAAAUAGUUAUGUGACAUAAUUUGGGUAUCUGGUAAAAUGGUAGCAUCAGGUCAUGAAGUAUUUGGAUUUGAAACUGAGCAUGCAUUUGUAUUUCUUUUUAAUGACCUUGAAAUUAAGUAUAUGCAUGAAUAAAGGUGUGUGCAGGGGUGGGUUUUUUUUUAAUUACAAAAUAAAAGUCUCACAGUAUGUUUGGUCCACGACAAUUAAAUGCAGUCUAUAUACAGUAUCCUGCAGCAACUUACUUACCAUUCAUCCAGUAGGAUGAUGGUUAGGCCCUACAACAAAUAUAACCUGUAGGAAGUUUAAGGUUUAGUCGUCUGUAAAUUAUCAGAAAGAAACACCAAAACCCUUGCUGCUUUUGGACCUUGUUCGUAGUGUAGGAUGUUGAGGACUCCCAGAUGAGUAGGUACUCCGAGUUCCCAAUUCCGACUUCCCAGUUCCAAGUUCUCAGUUCUGAACUCCCACUUCCAAGUUCCUAGUUCCGAGUUCCCACCUAUCACUUCCGAGUUCUCAGUUCUGAACUCCCACUUCCAAGUUCCGGCUUCCCAGUUCCCAUCCCCAAUUUCUCAUUUGUAUCCAAUUGCCAAUCCAUCCCCCAAUUUUUCAAAUCCAUUGACCCCCAUUUCCCAAUUCAAUCCACCCCAUUCCCAAUUUCCCAUUUUCAUCCAUCACCCAAUUUUCUAUUUCCUUCCAUUCUUCUAAUCCAUCCUCCAAUUUCUCAUUUACAGCCACCCUGUUCCCAUUUCCCACUUCACAUUUCCCAGUUCCUGAAUCGAACCAAUGACCUUUUGUCCCAAAGCUGCUUCUCUAACCACUAAGCCUUGGCUUCAUCUUAAAAGAAUAGACUGUGAAGAACAACUGGGAAGAAAAAGCCAGAGACAGAUACAAGUGGAGAAAGAUUGUGAAACAAUCGGUUGAAACGGUUGAGGAGAAAAGGGAGGAGGAAUAUCAGUAUGUUGUUAUCAUAAUAACAACACGAGUCACGUGAUGGGCAGUUGGUGUCGAACAUUAUAUGUGAAAGAUGUGGCCGUAGUUUUAUUAUGAGCAAACAAAGUCAAGUCAAGUUUAUUUGUAUAGCGCUUUUAACAAUAAACAUUGUCGCAAAGCAGCUUUACAGAAUUUGAAUGACUUAAAACAUGAGCUAAUUUUAUCCCUAAUCUAUCCCCAAUGAGCAAGCCUGUGGCGACGGUGGCAAGGAAAAACUCCCUCAGACGACAUGAGGAAGAAACCUCGAGAGGAACCAGACUCAAAAGGGAACCCAUCCUCAUUUGGGCAACAACAGACAGCGUGACUAUAAUAUUAACAGUUUUAACAUGAAGACAGUUUCGUUGAUGUUGUAACUCUUCAUUGAUGGAAACUUGAGUGCAAAACUAUUCAUGACAACUGCAGUCCUAAAGUUAGCAAGUCAACUGUAGUCCUCAGCCAUAAAAUCAUUACUGUAAGAGUCCAGAGCGUCCUCCAGGUGUGACUUUCAACUGUUCUCAUGGGGCCAUCCUCCACAGGAGUGAUGCGAUGAGACUCCAACCAGACACAGGGCACCAGGAUGGAUCAAGCAGGUCCGAGGAGCAGAAAACAAAGUGAGCAAACAAAUGCUAAGCGAGCAAACAAAUGCUAAACACCUCCUAGUUGUCAUCGGACACGACAGACUACCAUACGAUGUAGGGUUUAGUGGCAUCGAGUAGUCAGGAUGCAGAUUGCACCCAAACGAAUACUCCUCUCUUUCCAAGCAUGUACUAGAACCUAUAGGGACUGUCAGGUAGUAUUGGAGUCAAGACCAGCUCAACCAAGACCAAGUCAUGACCAAGACCAAAGUGUAUCGAGAUCGAGAAUGAUUUCCAUAUCAUCAUAACUUUGAGGGGUUGAGACCAAGUCAAGACCAAGACCAUAGCAGGGUGAGACCUAAUUAAGACCAGGACCAGACCAGUGGGUGUGAAGGGUGAUGGGGAGGGGUGAUGGCCAUUGCAAUGAAUCACGUUAUUUAGCAUUUGAAGCAGGAAGUUUUACAUUCAAUCACAGUAAUGAUGUUAACAAAUGAAUCAGACAAUGUACAGGCAAUUUAGUGAAAUCCUCACAGUUGUGGUCUUGACCGGUCUUGAAAUAAAAUCCUGAGUCCUCCAUGUCUGAGACUGAGAAAAGACCAAGUAAAAAUGCAUUCAAUUCCGAGAUGAGACCAAGACCUUCAAAAAGUGGUCUUGAGACCGGUCUACUCAAGUCCUACAACACUACUGUCAAGUGCAUCAGGUGCAAUAACAUCUGUUUGGAAAGCUGCAGUUUUCUGCCAGCAGUUUCAUCCCAGCUGCAGCACGUGUGGACACGUUUUUUUUUUUUUGGUUUAUCAUAGUGAAUGUUAGACUCCUCAACAAUUGUUCUGGAUAAAUUUGUGAUAUAAAACUAAAAUAAAACGACGCUCGUGUCAUAAACCGUUUUGAACCCUUCGUGGUUUUUUUUUUCUUUUUGAAAACUAAAAGCCUGUAUGUGGUUUGUGUUUGUCUGGGUACACUUACACUACAUGUGCAGGAAUAAAACUUUACUUCAAACAGAGCAUCAUCUUAUUGUGAGCGUCAUAUUAUUUUAUUUGAACCACUGAAACAAUUACACAAGCAAGAAUGCAAGUUCACUGACAUUUACCUCUUCUUUCAUCAUCUUCGUCUUCCUUCCAGCACUGGAUUCAAGCUGCCACUUGUAAUGACGCAAAACAUGAAAAGGUGCUCUCCAAAGCCAGUGUUUGGUUUAUCAUACUGCUUGGGAACAUACAUGUACCUUUUGGCCUGAACAAGGUACACAUAGUUACCUUGAGGUCCAGUAAUGAGCCCUAGGGGGUACAUUAGUGUAGACUGUACCUUGGGGGUAAGAAAUGGACUCCUACUGUAACCCUGUUUCUACAGUAUAUAAAAUAUUAAUAAUGGUUCUUGAUGGAUUGCCUGUCCUAGUCAUGGUUCUUGUGCAGCUUUGUUGAUUAGACUGUAAUAUAGACACAAACAAAAAC